UCCCAUUCCGCCUCUCCCUCUCCCUUCUCUCUCUCUCAGGAACUCUUCAUUCUUCAAGCCUUCAAUAUUACAUCUUACCGUCAGCAAUAACAACCCACUUGCUCUUUACUAUCUAACUCUCAAAUUAAUCUUCUCGUAGUCUUUACGUUCUCUACGCUAAUCUUUCGAAUCCAUCCUUUUAGAAUGAAGCAGCUAAUUCGCCGCCUCUCCAGGGUUGCGGACUCUUCUCAAUAUAGCCUUCUACGCUCGAAUUCUCAAUCCACCCCCUCCACAACCACCGCUCGCCGGAGAUCAGGUGGCUCGAGGUCGGCCCACCGGCGAGGAGCCGACAAGCCGGUGCCUGAGGGGCACGUACCGGUGUAUGUUGGCGAUGAGAUGGAGCGGUUUACGGUGAGUGCUGAGCUCUUGAACCGCCCGGUCUUCAUAUGGCUUCUGAACAAGUCGGCUCAAGAAUACGGGUACGAGCAGAGAGGAGUGCUGAGAAUUCCAUGUCACGUGCUGGUUUUUGAACGAGUUAUAGAGUCGCUGAGACUCGGGCUUGAGUCAAGUGACCUUGAGGAUCUACUUGGUUCGUUGUUCACCUCCGAGGACUAUUUGUGAGAUUACUUAUAUGUGGGGAGGUUUUUCUAGAUCCUUGAAAUAUAUUGGCAAUAUCAAGAGAUCGUUUUCUGGGAUUUUCUUUUUGGUAAAUAUACCUCCGACGAAGAGAGAUUUGAAAGGGUUUUUUUUUUUUUUUUCCCGGUUGUAAAAACAGGGGCCGGGGAGAAAAUAGAAAAUUAGCUGUUCUUUUUGUUUGCCCUAAUUUUUUAAGGAUUGCAUUUUAUGGUUGGUUCUUGAGAAAUUAUGGGAAAUUAAUACAAGAUGAGAUUUGGUAAAAUCAAGAA